UUUUAACGGGAAAAAGGAAAAGUGUAAGAAAUAGAAAUAAAAAAAAUUCCCUCUCUCUCUCUUUCUUUCUUCUCAAUCAGUUUCUUCCUUGUGAUCGAUUGAGAGCAGCAGCUUCUGUUAAAUCCCUCCUCACCGGUUCAUGUCACAAUCAGUAUCGAUUUGAUUUGUGGUUAAGAGAUGGUGAUAUAGGGUUUUUGACAUCAUGGAGUGUACAUGUUGAAUUUUGUGGCAACAUACUAUACGUUUGCCACCUGAAUCUGGAAGAUGCUAUGAAAUUGUUACGAUUUGCUGGUGUCGUUUUCGUUUUUAUCACAGUCUUCCAAUUUGUAAACAUACGUUUCUAUGAUGGUGCCAUCUUCUCUUUACCUUCUGAAGAUAAGUUCCUGGUGUCAAUCAAUGAAAGCACUGAACCCCCUAUCAGACCAUCCGGUGCUGAAUUGUUGUAUUUUAGUAGUUCAAUAUCCGCUGAAGGAGAGAUAACUGGUUCGAAAGAAGACCCUAUACUUGGGGAAAGAACUGUUCCACAGGAAGACCAUGUAGUUGGCUCUGAUAAAAAUGACACUAAUCAAUCCCGUCAGAGUUUGACAGACGAUGCAAAAGACAAGGAAACUCUUGAUUUGCUUCCUGGAACAAGGAGCAGCUCAAACGAGAGUUCCGAGACGAUAGUGGAAGAUGCUGAUAUUGCUUAUGAAAAUACUAGGCAAGUGGAGAUUCUGGAGAGCAAGUCUGAUCCUUCUGUUGAUAAUCUUUCCUCACAGGUUAAAAGUUUUAUGAAGGUGUCAAAUUCUGGAGUGGUUUCUAUCACUGAGAUGAUGAAUUUGUUGCAUCAAAGCCACACUUCUCAUGUCUCCUUGAGAUUAAAACGGUCUUCCACAGUUGAUCAAGAGCUGUUAUCAGCAAGAAUUCAAAUUGAGAACCCACCGCUAAUAGAGAACGACCCUUUCCUGCAUGCUCCUCUCUAUUGGAAUCUGUCCGUGUUCAAAAGGAGCUAUGAUCUAAUGGAGAAAAAGCUCAAAGUAUAUGUCUACAGGGAAGGCAAAAGACCUGUACUGCAUAAGCCGGUGUUGAAAGGAAUAUAUGCUUCUGAGGGAUGGUUUAUGAAACAGCUCAAGGCCAGCAAAACAUUUGUCACAAAGAACCCGCGUAAAGCUCACUUAUUUUAUCUUCCUUUCAGCUCUAAAAUGUUGGAAGAAACUCUAUACGUCCCCGGUUCUCACAGUGAUAAGAAUCUCAUUGAGUUUUUGAAGAACUACUUGGAUAUGAUUUCCUCGAAAUAUAAUUUCUGGAAUAGAACUGGAGGAUCUGAUCACUUUCUGGUCGCUUGUCAUGACUGGGCUCCUUCUGAAACGAGGCAGUACAUGGCCAAGUGCAUCAGAGCACUAUGCAAUUCUGAUGUGUCAGAAGGUUUUGUGUUUGGUAAAGAUGUAGCUCUUCCUGAGACAACUAUUCUUGUUCCCAGGAGACCGCUUAGGGCUCUCGGAGGCAAACCUAUUUCACAAAGGCAAAUACUUGCCUUCUUUGCAGGCGGAAUGCAUGGUUACCUUAGACCUCUCUUAUUGCAAAACUGGGGAGGUAACAGAGAUCCAGACAUGAAAAUAUUCAGUGAGAUACCCAAAUCUAAAGGAAAAAAGAGUUAUAUGGAGUACAUGAAGAGCACCAAGUAUUGCAUCUGCCCAAAAGGGCAUGAAGUCAAUAGCCCUAGGGUAGUGGAGGCAUUGUUCUAUGAGUGUGUCCCGGUUAUCAUAUCCGAUAACUUCGUGCCUCCCUUCUUUGAAGUCCUAAACUGGGAGUCUUUUGCGGUAUUUGUGUUGGAGAAAGAUAUUCCUGAUUUGAAGAACAUAUUAGUGUCCAUAACUGAUGAAAGGUAUAGAGAGAUGCAGAUGAGAGUCAAGAUGGUGCAGAAGCAUUUCCUUUGGCAUUCUAAACCGGAGAGAUUCGAUAUAUUUCAUAUGAUACUUCACUCCAUUUGGUACAACAGAGUUUUUCAAAGCUGAUACCACAGAGUAGGUUUGAGACGGCAGAACAAAGUAAUUAACAGAGAUUCAUUGGUUAAUAUAGCAAAAAGGGGGGUUGCAAAACCCCACAAUUUCUCUAAUUGUGUUGUUUCAUCACUGUAAAGUAUAAACCACUGAGCAAUUUGGCUACACACAGUAUCAAGACACCUUUUUUAAGCUCAUCAUCAA